ACUAUUCUAGUUUUUGUUCUGUUUCUGGCGAGGCGCGUUUUUGUUUUGUUUUUGAGGCGGCGCGCUAUCUUUACAAGUGUAGCCAACGCCCGUGGAACUCGUCGAGCCCCGAAGCAACGUCUGUUUUCUCUGUCGUUAUAAAAUUACGCCCUUCUGCUGAGGGUCUUGUCGACGGAUCAGCGACCCCGAAAAACAAUGGAACUGCCGAAAGGAAAAGUUGUCACCGUGCUUGGUCCCGUGGAGCCCUCCGCCCUGGGCACUGUCCUGACCCACGAGCACCUUUCUGACACCCUGGACGAUCGGGUGUUUGUCAGUCAGCCCCAAGUUCACCAUGCCGCCAUGAGUGCUUGUCCGUUCACGCUCGAGAACCUCUGGUGGAUAAGACAGUUCCCGUACAGCCACCCGAACAACCUGGUCUUCCACGGAGACGACGUCCACUCGGCGGUUCUGGAGGAGAUGCGCUUCUUCAAGAGCCAGGGCGGGGGCACCGUCGUCGAGAACACCUGCCGCGGCAUGGGGCGGGACAUUCCCUUCAUGCGCAGGGUGGCCAGCCUGACGGGACUUCACGUGGUUGCCGGCACAGGUUACUACGUCACGGCCAACUACACGGCGGACACCCUGGGCAAAUCGAUCGAAACGAUGAGCCAAGAGUUCACGGAAGAUAUCACCGAGGGAGCCGAUGGAACCGACUCCCGCUGCGGCGUCUUGGGGGAGCUUGGCUGCAGUUGGCCUCUACGGGAUUUCGAGAAGAACGUGCUACGAGCAGCCGCCGGUGUCCAGGAGGCGACGGGAUGUCCAGCCAUCAUCCACCCCGGACGCGACCCCAAGGCCCCGUUCGAGAUCGUCCGCAUAUUUGCCGAGGCUGGUGGAAACCUGAAACAGACCGUCAUGUCGCAUCUGGACCGAACGCUUCUGGAAGCCGACGUCUUGGCUGAGUUCGCCGGCCUGGGCUGCUACUGCGAGUACGACCUGUUCGGCAUCGAGACGUCCCACUACCAGCCCGAGCCCCGCUUCGACAUGCCCAGCGACGCCCAGCGGCUGUCCUUGCUCAAGUCCCUGGUCGACCAGGGCUUCGAGGACAGGAUCGUCAUCAGUCACGACAUACACACCAAGCACCGGCUGAUGAAGUAUGGCGGACACGGCUACUCGCACAUACUGCUCAACAUCAUUCCCAAGAUGCUACAACGUGGCUUCAGCGAGGAGGUGGUCCGCAAGAUCACCCAGCUCAACCCAAGCACCUGGCUCACGUUUCGCUGAACCAUCCGGACGACGUUCACUGCAGCACGUCCUCCCAUCCCCUCUCCAGAAGUUUGUCCGUCCAUAUGCAUCUUCCCGGGAACCUGACGUCGGUGUCACGGGUCACGUGACAUCAAUUUUCCUGUCAAAUAUAGCGGGGAACUUAAUUUCAAGAAGCUCCACCUCAGAAACUAUUGUUAGCGUCUUGUAAACAAAUUUAAACGGUAGUUUAUAUUUUUUUCAAGGAGAACUAUGUGACGGAAGGGUGGGAUAGCAGAAUAAACUGGAAGACUCCUUGUUCAUCC